AUGAGUACUGCUGGAAUCCAUAUAAACAACAAUCUAGCAAUUCCUGAUACGAGAUUCGGUUAUGUUUUCAGGAAAGCCGUCCAGAAAGAACUUCGCAAACAAGUGAAAGAAACUGACUCUGAUAAUAAACAUAUUAACAAAAAUCUUAUAAUAUGUAAAGUCAUCGCAAGAGAUGUCAUUCUAAUGCCAUUCAUACAGAGUAUUUUAUGGACAGGGUUCUUGAUUUCCUUUAAACCAUGUCUCAGGGGAUUCAUUCGAUUUUGUCAGAGGCUUGGACCCAUGAUUAAAGGUUCAAUUUUAGAAGGAAAUAUAGGGAAAAGUAAAACUUUAUAG